GGCGUGUUCUGAGUGGCGGUGAUAACACUGUUGUAAACAUUUUCCCGUCGUAUUCCUUUCAUUGGUUCAAACGAUUUCCUACUAACGCCACCUAAAUUUUUUUGUUUUUUUACAAACCGUCGCUCGGUUUCGAUAUUUUACACUCCACGUUCUUGGGAAAUCGCGAUGAACGGCAAUAAGCCAUCGUAGUGAACCAGCAGCGAACGAGGCGCACUGCGCGUGUGGUUUAUUUAUUUCUUCGCUUUUCAAAAUGAUCAAGUCCAGCUAUCUGUGCGUUUUUGCCGUUUUGUGGUGUUCGAUACCGUCGAUUCGGUCGCAACUCAACGACGUGGAAACCGAAUGGCAUUGUCCGCAGUACUGGGUCCAGUACGGAAACUCCUGUUACAAGUUUGUAAAGUCGCCGUUCCGACCGAGAAGUGAAGCUCACAGAAACUGUCUUGCUUUUGGAGCUGAUUUAGCUAGUGUUAAUACUUUAGAUGAACAUGGUUUUCUCAUUAAUCAACUCUUGCAACAGGACCCACAACAUAGACAGUGGUAUGUAGGUGGUAAGCAAACAAGCCCUGGAGUGUGGGUGAAUGAUGUAGAAAACAAUAUUCCACUUAUUGAUGUUGAAAGUGCACUAUUGCCUGAACAACAUACAACAUUAAACAAAGAUUAUAUUGCAUACACGUAUUCAGUUCAAUUACAAAAAUGGGGAUUUGAAAAAGUUCCAGGAGACCGGUAUUUGCUUUAUAUUUGUGAAAUACCUCUUAAUAAACAACAUUUAAUAGUUGAAGAACGUUCUUAUAAGUAUGGCUAUAAUAUUGACGAUCAGCAAAAAGUGCCUCGAGGUCCUUACUUUAUUAAAGAACCUACAGAUGUAGUUUUUGAUAGUUCUAGAAUAUCAAUUACUAAUGAUGUAGCUUUGAGUUGUGUUGCUGGAGGUUAUCCAACACCAACAUAUGAGUGGUUUAAAGAAGAUUAUGAUAAUCAGGAUCAAUUAUUAUCUACAAAAAUUGAUCCACUAAGUAAUAAGAGAUUCACAUUAAGUGGUGGAACUCUUAUUAUUUAUGCUCCUAAAAGGGAUGAAGACAGAGGUCGAUAUCAUUGUAAAGCAUCAAAUAUGUUUGGUUCUGUAAUUUCUGAAAGCAUACAACUUUCAUUUGGAUUUAUUGGUGAAUUUAAUUUACAACGUCCUCUUGAACGUGGUAAUAAGAAUUGGGGCAAAACAAUAUUUUGUGAUCCUCCUCAAUAUUUCCCUGAGGUGAGAUAUUAUUGGGUCAGAGAAUCGUUUCCUAACUUGGUUCAAGAAGAUCGGAGAGUAUUUGUCUCAUAUAAUGGGUACUUAUAUUUUUCCUCUUUGGAAGAAAGUGAUGCUGGAAAUUAUAGUUGUAAUGUGCAAAGUGAAGUUUCAAAUACCGGCAAGAAUGGACCCUUAUUCCCGUUACAUGUAGUAACACAUUCUGACUAUCAACAACUUAUAUUACCCAAUAGCUUUCCUAAAGCUUUUCCAGAAGCACCUAUUGCUGGCCAAGAAGUUAGACUUGAAUGUGUUGCAUUUGCAUAUCCUGUACCUUCAUAUAAUUGGACAAGAAAAGGUUCUCCUUUACCUAAAGGCUCUUAUUUGACAAGUUACAAUCGUGUAUUGAUAAUUCCUGAAGUUCAAGUAGAAGAUCAAGGAGAAUAUAAUUGUCAUGUUUUUAAUGAUCGGGAUAGUACAGAAAAAAGUCUUAUUCUGACAAUACAAGCUGAACCGAAUUUCACAAUUCCAUUGGAAGAUAAACACAUGGAUCACCAAUCAGAUUUGACAUGGACAUGUGAAGCUUUUGGUGUUCCAGAUGUAACAUAUAAGUGGUUUAAAAAUGGUGAACCACUAGAAAUCGACAAACUAUUACCUGAUGACCAAAAACGGUAUUUGAUACAGGACAAUGUAUUAAGUAUAAAAUAUUUAGAAAAUGAAAAAGAUUCAGGAAUGUAUCAAUGUCAAGCUCGCAAUACUUUAAAAACCCGUUACUCAUCUGCACAAUUAAGAGUGCUUUCCUUGCGCCCAUCAUUUAAAAAGAAACCUUUGGAGCCUGAAAUAUACGGUGCCGAAGGCAAAAAUGUAACAAUUAAAUGUAAUCCUGAAGCUGCACCUAGACCUAAAUUUACAUGGAAAAAAGAUGGAUAUAUAAUAGGGUCUGGGGGAAGGCGUCGCAUACUAGAAAAUGGAAAUUUAAUAAUAAACCCAAUUGGGAGAGAUGAUGAAGGCAUGUACAUAUGUAUUGCUGAAAAUGUGUACGGAACUGCAGAAAGUCAUGGAAAACUUAUUGUUAUGCGUGGCCCUGUAUUCAUUGAACAACUAAGUCCCCAAAUUAGAUCAAUUGUUAAACACGAUUUACUAUUACGUUGCCAAGCUAUUUCAGAUGAACUCUUAGACAUUGCAUAUGUUUGGACUCACAACAAUAUGCCAUUAGUUAAUUCUAAUGCUGAACUUACUGGACAUAUUAGCAUAAAUAGUGGAGAGCUUUACAUUCAUAACAUAACAUUGGAAGAUUCUGGUGAAUACAAAUGUUUUGUACAUAGUGUUGUUGGGGAAAUAUCAUCAACAACUACUUUAUUUGUUGAUGGACCUCCUGGACCUCCAGGUGGGCUACAAGUUGAAGUCCUAAAGACAUCUGCCAAACUUCAAUGGUCUGAUGGUGCAUCGAACGGGCGUCCAAUUACACAUUAUAUAGUAAGCGCCCGUUCACAAUGGAACAGUACUUGGCAUACAAUUGCCGCAGAUUUUAUAGUCAAGGAAGUUGAUAGGUAUAAUGGGCGUAAAGAAGCAUUUUUAGAAAAUGUUUUGCUACCCUGGUCUAAGUAUGAAUUUAAAAUGGUAGCAGGAAAUGAACUUGGCUUUGGUGAAGAAUCUUUACCGUCGCCUCAAGUUAAUACACCAGCUGAUCGCCCAUAUAAAGCACCUACAAAUAUCACUGGAGGUGAUGGCAAAAUUGGAGAUUUAACAAUUGUGUGGAAACAACUACCUCCUCAAGAUCAAAAUGGACCAGGUAUCUAUUAUAAGGUAUUUUGGAGACGUUUGGAUCAUGAUACAGAUUUUCAGUAUGAGACAUUGCAAGAGAGUGGCAAUAUAGGAAUGGCAGUAGUACACAUAAAGCCAGAAUAUUAUUAUACUAAGUAUGAAGUCAAAGUUCAACCUUUUAAUUCAUUUGGUGCUGGUCCUAUAUCAGAUCCUAAAGUGAUAUACAGUGCAGAAGAUAUGCCACAAGUAUCUCCUCAGCAGGUGUUUGCUAUUUCUUACAACUCGACUGCCAUUAAUGUAAGUUGGGUACCGAUUGAUCAAUCACGGGAAAUGUUACGUGGAAAAUUAAUUGGUCAUCGAUUAAAAUAUUGGAAAAAAGAUAAGAAUGAAAAAGAAGAAGAUGCUGUAUAUUAUUUAAGUAGAUAUGUUAGACCUUGGGCACUUAUUGUUGGAUUACAACCAGAUACAGAAUAUUACGUAAAAGUAAUGGCUUUUAAUUCAGCUGGAGAAGGUCCGGAGAGUGAGCGAUAUAUUGAACGAACAUACAGAAAAGCUCCUCAAAAACCACCAUCAUCUGUCAUAAUUAAUGGCAUAAAUCCUGGUACCAUUCAUGUAACUUGGCGAUAUGUACAACCAACACUUGAAGAAGAACCAAUCAAAGGCUAUAAGGUGCGGGUAUGGGAAAAUGAUCAAGAUAUGAGUACUGCUAAUGAUACGAUUAUUGAAAUUGAAAACAAAUUAGAAGCAUAUAUUUCUAACCUAACACCUGGUAAAGUUUACAAACUUCGAGUAUUGGCAUAUUCUAAUGGAGGAGAUGGGCGGAUGUCAUCACCUAUUAACACUUUCCAAAUGGGUAAUCCCAAUCUGUACUUGACCAACAAUGCGAGCAGAAACUCGGCAGUCUGUCUGUCGAUCGUGUUGCUAUUGAGGUUGUACGGCAUCAUUUAAAAUUAAUAGAUCUUAAACAUAAUGCGCACGCGCACAUGUAAUAAUCUAAAUUAUUAUAUUUUUUUAACACAUUUUUUACUAUUUUAAACGUAUAGUUUUAAGUUAACGACAAUAAUUCGCCUCGAAUGUGAUCAACUUUUGUGAUUAUGGUCAAUAUACCAUAAUGGAUUAUAUAUAUAUAUAUAUAUAUAUAUAUUUAUAAGAAUAUAAACCUGUAACGGUAAACUCAAUACAAUUUUUCAAACAAGUAAAAUAUCAAAACAUAUAUGAUUUUGGUGUAUGUAAUGUGCCGCAUUAUAUACUGGAAUGUAUAUGCAGAAACAGUGCCUUAAAAUAUUAUUAAUAAUAUUAUAAUACGCAUGAAUCAAAAACUCUCGUCUGUGUUCAAAAUAUUAUUGACAGCCAUUAUUUAAUUUAAUGUAAUUGUGAUUUAAUACUAUUCUAUAGCGAUAAGUAUGAUUUUUAAUAUAAAUACUGCAAAAUUUUCGUGUAAUUAUAAUUUUCAACGUUGUAAAAAUAAUUGCUUAAAAUGUUUCAAUUGUAAACUAUUUAAAUGCACGCCCGGAUGCAAGAUAAUACAGCAGUGGUUCUUAACCUUUUUUUGUUUACGAUAUGCUUUAGUGUUUUAUAAAAAAAAUUUCAGAACACUACAUAUCAUAAUGGCGUAUUUGAAUGAUUUAUAUUUUCAAUAAUUUUGUUGUACAUCUUAGGCCAGUUUACAAAACA